UCAAAACAAUGCAGUUUAGGUGGCCUGCAGUGCUUAGCUAGCUUUAAAUAUUCUCCACUUUAACUGCUAACUUUGUCGAAAAGUGAACCCACUGCCGGGUGUUUUCCUUCGGCGAGGUGAAGUCGCGUCGUCCGCGCGUUUGAUUUUGCCCACUGCUGUUUCUGCGUGUGGGCUUUUCCCGUGGGUCGUUUUGUUUUGUUCUCGGUGACGGUUGGGAAUGGAAACGGCUAAUAGGCGUCUGCUGCUAGGUAGCCUGAGAGCGCCGGUGGGAAGCGGCUGAAAACACGAAAAUAACACGGGAGGAAUUAAAGAAGGGAGCGGGCGAAAGGGGCUGGGCGUCGAAAUUAUAACGAAAGGCCGAUUAAGUAACCUCCUGCUCAGCCCACUGAUAACAUGGUGGAGUAGGCGUCUGCAGUGUAGACGCUAUCGGGCUCCUCCGACCGACCGACGGUUCGCUAUCACCUCGGAGGAUCACCAUGGCCCCGGGCUCUCUUGUGGCGGCCUGCCGCAGCCUGGCCCUCUCUACGUGGCUGCUCUCCUUCUGCUUCGUCCACCUGCUGUGCCUGGACUUUACCGUGGCCGAGCGGGAGGAGUGGUACACCGCCUUCGUCAACAUCACCUACGUGGACCCGGCCACCUCGGAGCUCCGCACCGAGAAGACGGAGUGCGGUCGGUAUGGGGAGCACUCGCCGAAGCGGGACGCCAAGGGGGUGGUGGUCCUUCCCGCCGCCCCGCACGACCGCCAGGCCUGCGACCCCAACACCCGGUUCGCCGUGCCCGCACAGGCCGGGGCCUGGAUAGCGCUGAUCGCCCGGGGCAACUGCACCUACAAGGACAAGAUCCGCCACGCCGCAGCCCACAACGCCUCAGCGGUGGUCAUCUUCAACGUGGGGUCCACUAAUGCUAACGACACCAUCACGAUGCCUCAUCCAGGCACGGGCGAGGUGGUCGCCAUCAUGAUCCCGGAGCCAAAAGGCCGAGAGGUCGCGUCGCUGCUGGAGCGCAACGUGACGGUCACCAUGACGAUCACCAUCGGGACGAGGAACCUGCAGAAAUACGUCAGCAGGACGUCGGUGGUGUUCGUUUCCAUCUCCUUCAUCGUGCUGAUGAUCAUCUCUCUCGCCUGGCUCGUCUUCUACUACAUCCAGAGGUUCAGAUACGCCAACGCACGAGACAGGAACCAGCGUCGUCUCGGCGACGCGGCGAAGAAGGCCAUCAGCAAGCUCCAAGUUCGCACCAUCAGGAAGGGCGACCAGGAGACCGAGGCCGACUUCGACAACUGCGCCGUCUGCAUCGAAGGGUACAAGGCCAACGACGUGGUCCGCAUACUGCCCUGCAGACAUUUAUUCCAUAAGAGCUGUGUGGAUCCGUGGCUGCUGGACCAUCGUACGUGUCCCAUGUGCAAGAUGAACAUCCUCAAAGCUCUGGGCAUCGCUCUGAACGCAGAUUGUCUGGACGACCUGCCGCUGGACUACGACCUGGCCCUGGGCGGUGUUGGCGGGGGCGGGGUGGGCGGAGUCGGAGCUUUGGCCCUGGAGGCCGUGGUGUCCGGGGCGUCCAGUGAUGGCACGCUGAGCGAGGGCGGCUCCUCGGUGGUGCUGGACCCCGGUGUGCGACGGGUGGGGCUCCCACAGGACUACCAGGACCCUGACACCCUGAGAGACAGCCCAGUGACAGCCACCACCGACACACACACAGGUGAGCUGCAGCCAAUGGCGAGCAGCGCCUCAGUGGCGUCCUUGGUCAUCACCGUGGAAACAGGUCUCUCGGAUGAGGAGGGGUCCAUGGAGCAGUCUCAGCUGGGGGACAAGUCCUGAGAGGAACCCAACAGAACCAAACCAGAACCCCGGGCCAAGACGGACUCCGAUCAGGUUCAGAUUUUUAACACACUUCAGAGGACCCUUCAGUUCUGAAGUACCACCUGACUGAAACCAGAUCUGAUCCAAACCUGACUGCAGUCAUGACCCAGGACCUGGUUCUGGUUCUGACUGGUUCCUAGUGGAACCAGCACCAGUGUUUGACUGGACCUGUGUAAAACAAAACUUUGCGAAACCAAACCAACUUGUCUGGACUCCAGGUGGACUCAGGCCUGGCUAGAAGCGGGGUCUAGACUUUGUUUUAACAUAGUGGACCUCAGAUCAAUAAAUGUUUGUUUUGGUUCUAAUCUGGAAUCAAAGGAAACUCACCAACCUUGUUUGGCUUUGUUUUUAGUCUCCGCUGGGGGGGUUGGACCCGGACCCGACCUGGGCUGACACGGCUGUUAUCCAGUGUGUUCACCUUGGUCUGACCACUGACUCCUCUGUUUAAGAUGGUGUUUUUUUUUCCAAGUUUAAACCAGGAGAACUCGGUCAGCUGUCGCUUUGUGCAGACGUGUUAAUCAGCCUCAGUUCUCUGUUUCCACAAAGAUGACCCAGCGUCUCGGUUCUGUCCACCUGUCUUUACUUCUGUCAAACUUCCACAGUGGCAGGAGUUCAAAUAUAAAUCCAGUCCUUCAUUUCAGAUGUUCAUCUCCUGACUCGAUGGACUUUCGAGACCAGACUCACCUCAGAACACAGGAAACAGGGUAAAACCUGAGAGAGCCGACUGACGAAAGAGGAAAUAUUCUCCUUCAUCAGCUGAUCUGGAGGAUUGUGAUGGAUGGAGGUUUUUUAAAGUUUCUGUGAGCUACCCAGACCAGGAAUCUAGAUUUACCUGCGUAUUUCUACCUACAUUACUUCAGUGAGGUGUGCUCUUGUCUGAAAUCGUCUGUUACCUGGUUUUCCAGGUAGAGACACAACAAAGAAACAAACUGGAUGGGACACGUCACCGGGACGACUCGCUUUGUGUCCUGCUCCCGGUUCUCGGAAGAUUUAAUCUCUGGUUAAUUUAGCUCAUGUUGAUUUGCCUGCCGACAUGCCAGGCGCCGCAUGUGUGUGACGACUGCAGUUACAUUUCGGAAAGGACGACUUUUAUUUUGAAAGGACACGCCAGCUGCUCUGGGCAGCGGAGCCGCUUUGUUUAUUUUUUUAGUGUUUUGCUAAAAAGGUGUUACAGCUACAGUUUGACCGCAGUAUUGAACAGCAACGACAAACAGUGUUUUCUUCUUUCUCUUCCUGCCUCUCUGUAUAAUUCUUUACAACUCCAGCAGCGUCUGGUUUGGACGCUUUCUGUCCUGGUUCCAAACAGGGUUCCCGUGUGCGUUUGGAAAACUGCUGACCAGGACCGAUCCUCUGGACUGAACAGAUUAUUAUAGAGUGUGAGAAAGUUUCACGACAACACCUCAUGCACAUUUUGUAUUAAAAGGUAUGAAACUCGUAACGAAUCCUAGACCAGAGGAAGCAUUUAGAGAAAACAGCGCCACCAUGAUGGAGAAGAGUUUCCAGCUGCAGCGCCACCUGUCCCCUUCUUUAAAUACUUUCUCUGUUCAUCUGUAACGCCGGGCAGACACUGCAUGUUUUUCUUUAACGCAGCGGUUGACUGACCGCAGCGUGGCGUUCAGGCGUCUAAUGAGGUCAAACGAGACGACCGCCUGCUCGACAUCGGCUGGUUUUCCGUCUGAGCGUCACCAAAUCUGAAAAGGAUUUUAAAGAAAUAGGGAGAAAGCAGGAAUUAAUGUGUUUCCAUCCACAGUUAAGUGAUUAUUAAGAAAACAAGAUGAAAAUAUGACGUUUGUGUUUGUUUCUUGUGUUAAUUGGAGGAAGAUUAGAGUCUCCUCAUCGAUCCACACGGACCUGACGAGCUCGUCUGCGGCUGUUUAGCUUUUAUCGAUGCACCAGCCUUCUCAGACGUGUGAAAACUUUUCAACUGUGUAAGAUCUUCUGAUUUUCUGCAUUUCCGUAUUUUUUCUUGUACAAAUUCAACAUGUGCAAUAAAGCAGGUGGAUGGAAAAACACGUGAGGCUGUCAGAAAGAGGUGAAGGCAUCGUUGCUUUGUGCAGCUCUACUUUGAACAAAGUGAGAAAAAGAUAAAACUGACUGAAACGUUAAAUGUUUGGUUCAUUAAUCAGGAAAUCUUAAAAGAUUGGUGAGGUUGAAGUGAGUCGGGGGCUCGUGGUGCAGUGUCUGCCUGGCUGCAGGUGAAGAGUGGACAGGUGUCCUCAGCAGUCUUUCAUCAUGGCCGCCCUCAUGUAGGAACCCUGUCGACAGCGCCGCCUCGUGUUGUUCUGCCGUCCGUCCGGCCGUCCGUCUGCCCGACCACACGUGUCCGUUACCGUGGCCCCAGGCUGCCUUUUUAAAAACACCUUUGACCCUGACAAUCAAGGAUCAGAUCUUUGCUCUGAACUUCAGCAAACCGGAGAAGAAGGGCAUUCGCCGCCGUCACCGUUUCCAGAGUUAAACGCCACCAAAACAAGCUGUGAAAGACGAAAAGUAGGUACCCAAACGUUCAGCAAAGAGCCCCUCCCUGCCAUCGUGUAGUUCAGCUCCAAGCUGAGCGUGUAAAUACAAAACGUGUAUUCCACAGAUUCAGUCCGCCGCGUGGCGCCGCUGACGGUUUGCAGACCGUGGAGGGCCGCGGUCUGCCGCCGGCACCGGGAAGCCUCCAGAAACCACGAGAGAUAAAGAUUGUCGUCUAUUUUGAUACCAGAGGAGACAUUUAUUUUUGUAACGAAGCAAAUGUCCAGCAGCAGAGACUGAUCCCCCUCCCCUCAUUGAUCGGACGGAUUUAAGUGUCGAUCGUUUGUGUCGUUGUACAUACGUGCAGAAUGCGAAAGACCUUGAAGAUAUGAACCGAAACUCUGGAGAGUUCGUCCGUAAACAUUCAGAAUUUGAUUGUUGAUGCAUCCUGAUGAAACCUGAAGCCGUACCGUUUAUUUCCCACCUCUCGUUUGGUGCUAAAACCUUUUGUCCAUCAGUCUAAAUGCUGAAAUCGGUUUUUGAAGAACAGCAUUAAAAUUACAACAUAAAACCAAUUUAUGUCAAGACCUUUGACCGGCCUUCGUGUACAUACUGACUUUGAAAUGGAAGCGAUUUCCAGGAACUAGACUCUAAUUUAAGGCAAACUGUCCUCCAGAAUAAAGAAAAUCCCACAGGGGACAUCCAGCUCUGUCUGUAAAUAAUCAACAGGAAGUCUAAUUGGGUUUUUGUGGUGAAACGUUCGUUUUCUCCCAGAAACCUUCCGGAGCUUCUGUCCCUCCUCACCGUUCAGUAUCAGGUCUGAGGACCAGGUCUCUCUCAGCUCCGUCACUUACUGAGUAUGUAACAAACACUAGUUAAUUGAAACACCUGCUAAGUGGUGCCGAGCGUAUUCACUGUAUUAUAUGAAUGACGAUGAUGGAUCUGUAUGCUUUGUCUUGGCCAAUUUUCAGUGAUUAAUGUUUUAAUUAAAGUCACUUCCUUUGUGCUAUAAGCUUUAUUUUUAAGGGAUUUACUCGUGUUAUUUUCACAGUUGCACUGUUUCAUUCUGUUUUUACGUGACUGCAGAUCCGACGAAAGUACAAACGUCUCCGCGUCCUUUUCUCUCGUUCCUCUGGUGGAGACUGAGGCUGCUGUGGCACGUUGGCCCCCUUUAGCAUCGGAAUCAAACCGUUUUCUCACAGUUACGCUUUUCAAAUUAAAACCAGAAGUAUUGAUUCGGUAUUGGUACGAAAACCUGCGUAUCAGCGCUGGUGAGGAAAAGCUUCCAGCGACAACCAGCCCUGAAAGUGUUCAUGAAUACAGAACGUAGGCCAGAGAUAAACCCGAGGCGUUCCUGCUCUUCCUUCAUAACCUGAAGACGCUUUAACAGCAAAGCUUUAGCGGUAAAUGUAAAGUAGUUGUUCCCAUUAGCCGCUAAUGAAUGAAGGGAAACUUGAAACACUUAAACAGACGAGGAUUCAUUUGGAUGAAAUUGUUUGUGACAAGUUUCCCGCCUUGUAGGACAGAUUUGGACUUUUAAAAUACACGAUUCAACGAAGAAAAUAACAUUGAAGCACUCCAAAUAUGACUGCUGUACUAAUUCAUAAACAUGAGAUUAGGAUGAUAAUUACAUCGUUGUAAUAGAUCCUGUCCCAGAAUCAGGUUUCGGUGAGCUAAUGUGGGACCUUCAUGUCACUGCCAGUAAUGACGUCUGAUUCGUUUGUCUCCCUGGAUGCUGUGUUUUGAUUGGUCGCUCAGCCUCUCUUGUUGAUGCACUUUAAUUGUUUCUCUGGAAGGUUCUGGAUGAGUCUCUUCUUUACUUUUCUGUUUUCUCUUUUCCUCCCUCCUUUUUUUUUUCUCAUCAUGUUUCCUGCUUUGGUUUUUGUUUGUUUUUUCUCUCUUGUCUUCUUUCUUGUCUGCAGAUUUCUUUGUUGAAAAUCCAUCAGAUUGUUUUGUGGGAUGUUGGAAAAAGGAUCUGGGAAGGAAAAUGUUCGCUGGUCCACAUUAAACUACAAAUCAUGUGUAUUUGUAGACCGACUGCCAUAUAAAUCACCAUACAUUGUAAUUUCUCCUGAAGCAGGUGAAUCCUGAGCCACGCGAUCCCUCAGGGAUCAUGGUACGUUUCCAUCUCCACGCUUGUAGGUGGAUUUAUAUACAUUCCAGCACAUAUGCUGGUAUUAAGUUAGCAUUUCGUGACUGCUAUAGACAACAGCAAAGAAAAACUGAAUGAAGAAAGAAACAAACAUUUCAGAUCCUUCCAGAGACAUGGCGAAAGUUGAGAUGAUCCCGUAGCCAUGUUAACCCCUCUGCUACCAUGACAACAGGGUGUGAUACGGUGUCGUGUGUGUUUCUACAAUAUUACUUGUUUUACAGAGCGUCUGUUUGUGUGGUAGUCCUGUGCACGCAAACACAAAAAUAUCUACAUACACGUGUAAAUACAAGGCGGCGUGGCGCCAUGUUGUUUCUGUGUUUCGGUUGUUGCACGUGUUCUGAUUCAGGACAGAAUUUAAAUAAAAUUUUAUUGCAAG